AUGAAAGACAGCAAGAGUCAAUCUUUGAGCCCGGCUCUACUCGAAGAGCGUGACUACCCCAACAGCUAUAGCCAGGUUGGAACCCUCACAGAAGCCCAGCAGGAACUCAUUGAUAGCAUUGGCAACAAACAGCUAGCGAGUCGUCUUCACAAACAUACACUGAAGAUCUUCACAAGGGAGGAGCGGUUAGAGGCUAUUGAGUUCUACCGGACACAUGUGCAUAUCAACCCCCAGACAGGCGAAGAGCGCAACGUUUCGAUUGCCAGCGCCUCCGAGGCACUUCAUGUCAGCGAAUCUACGUUGGAGAGAUGGGUUAAUGAAGAAACAAAGAUCACAUCUAUGAGACACGGAAAUUCCAGAGAUGAUGGCGAAAGAUAUGCAUCCGCCCCUGUGUCUGAGCGGUUCAAAUCAGGAAAUUAUCCUUUUCUCAGACUAACACCCGAGCAACUUUCUGCAAAGAAAUACGUACAGGGAAAAGAUUUUUACAAGGUAUCCCUGAAUUGUUCUUAA